CCGGCGCUCGCGGGCGCUAUAAGAAGGCGGCCCCGAGCCGGGCGAGCUCUUACCGAGACCUGCGGGGGGAGCGAGAUGGUCAGCCCCCGAGCCGCAGCCGCAAGAUGCUGGCUGGACAAGUCCUGGUGGGCUGGCUCUCUUCCUCCUCCUUCGCGCUGAUGGUGCUUUUCGGCUCCCUCCGCCCCUCGGCCGCCUACUUCGGGCUGACAGGCAGUGAGCCCCUGACCAUCCUCCCACUGACGACAGAAAUGGAGGAGGCUGCCACAAAGGCCCACUACAAGGUGUGUGACCGGCUCAAGCUAGAGAAGAAGCAGAGACGCAUGUGUCGGAGGGAUCCAGGUGUGGCUGAGACACUUAUGGAAGCCAUCAGCAUGAGUGCCCUCGAGUGCCAGUACCAGUUCCGAUUUGAGCGCUGGAACUGUACUCUGGAGGGUCGAUAUCGGGCCAGCCUGCUAAAGAGAGGCUUCAAGGAGACUGCCUUCCUCUACGCCAUCUCCUCAGCUGGCUUGACCCAUGCCCUGGCUAAAGCGUGCAGCGCUGGGCGCCUGGAACGCUGCACCUGUGACGAGGCACCAGACCUGGAGAAUCGGGAGGCCUGGCAGUGGGGAGGCUGUGGGGACAACCUCAAGUACAGCAACAAGUUUGUCAAAGAGUUCCUGGGAAAAAAAUCCAGCAAGGACCUGCGUGCCCGCGUGGACUUCCACAACAAUCUUGUGGGGAUGAAGGUGAUCAAGGCUGGUGUAGAGACCACCUGCAAAUGCCACGGGGUCUCUGGCUCCUGCACUGUCCGCACCUGCUGGCGCCAGCUCUCACCAUUCCACGAAGUGGGCAAACAGCUGAAGCAGAAAUACGAGGCCUCCCUCAAGGUGGGCAGCACCACCAAUGAGGCCACAGGUGAGGCUGGAGACAUCCCGCCUCCGAGAAGGGCUCUGGGCUCCUCUGGGACGAGCACUGAUCCUCUGCCACGCACCCCAGACCUGGUCCACUUGGAUGACUCUCCCAGCUUCUGCCUGGCGAGCCGGUUCUCUCCGGGCACAGCUGGCCGGAAGUGCUACAAGGACAAGAACUGUGAGAGCAUGUGCUGUGGGCGUGGGCAUAACACGCAGAGCCGGGUGGUGACUAGGCCCUGCCAGUGCCAGGUGCGCUGGUGCUGCUACGUCGAGUGUAAACAAUGCACCCAGAGGGAGGAGGUCUACACCUGCAAAGACUGACCACCGGUCCACCUGCCUUCUCCCCAUUUAGGGCUGGGGUGGUGGGAGGGUAUGAGACUCGACUCUGACUCUGGCCUGGAGACAGACACACAGGGUUUGACAGGGGCGUUUUUUGGAUUCAGAAGGCAAUGUUAAUGAUGUAAGCACUUUGGGGUGUGUGUGCGUGUGUGUGUGAGUGUGUGAGUGUGUGGUUGUGUGUACGUGUGUGCACACAGGGUGCCGGUGGGACGACCUAGCUGUAUUGCCCUUCAAGUCCUUCCCUCUCUUCCUCCCUUCUCCUCCUCCACACCAACAUUUGACUCUGGGACCCCAGUUACCAACUCAGUGUGAACUGUUGUAAAAGUUGUCUCUGGCCUCCCCUUCUCGAUUCAGUGCAUUUUCUCCCAUCUCUUAACUUGCUGACUAUCGCCCCUCCCAAAUCAAAGUAAGAAGUCCGGGAUGCAUGUGGGACUCCUUCCCCCAUUCCUGCACUCUGUCCUCCCAGCCUUUCUGUGGUUGGAACUGAGGGAAUAAAAUGAGGUGUGGUAGGGGAUCUCCUUUUUCUGGAGGGCAGGGUGUCUUUCUUUUGAAGCCAAGGAGCUUUAGGUGGCAAAUAAACAGCGUUUUCCAGCUAGAAGGGACUUUGAAGUCCAGCCCCCUGAUGCCUCAAGAGGUGAGGGACUGGUCUUGGCCCACAGACUCAUUGGCAACAGAGCAAGGGCAUGAAAACAGGUCCUAGGGCAAACCUUAGAGCAAUGACUCAUCAUUGGAGAAAGGAAGAUUUUCACCCAGUGUGUGGGAAGAACUUCCUAAUGAUGAGAAAUGCACGAAUGGGGAAUGGGUCUGUUGAACAAGCAGUGAGUUCUCUUUCUUUGAAGGUUGUCUGUAUCCACUUGUUGGGGGAUACUGUAUCAGGGAUUCAUGAUCCAUGGAUACAUUCAUCUGGGGGAGAGGCUAAUUCCCUUCCAGCUUAGAAGUUGUGAUCCUGCCUCCUGGCUUCCCAUUCGUUUUUCCACACUCUCUAGCUCUCCCCUCAGCUCCUCACCAACAGGGAUGAUGGAAUAGGGGAGAACUUCAGAACCCCAAAGAGACAGGAGGCCAGAGGGGGAAGGUUCCCGACUUGCCCAGCUGGUUCCCUAAGCCCCCUGCCCUUUCUUAGCACUAUCACUGACUUUGGAAAGCAAGACCACUAGAAGAUUGUCUUUGGAGUUUUUGUCUGAAUCAGGGAAUUGGAUACUUGGCCCCUGUUCCUUCCCCAUUCCUGUCCUACCAGGGGGUUGAUAUCAUUGAACUUUCCCUUCCCUUCUUUCCUAGAAUGACACCAGGCACUUCUCUUCUAGUUAGAGCAAAUGUCAGUGAUGAUUUCAUUGUCGUCAUUUGUUGUUAAUAUUAUUAUUAAUUAUUAUUAUUUUUGUUAUUCCCUACCCCUGCGCAUCUCAUCUCAUAUAUGCGCAUACUUCCUACUUCUAAAGGGGUGGGUAGAGCCCUAGUGGGGACAGUGAGACCCUCACACCUAUAUAAAGGGAUUGUACUUGUCUGUCUGGCCUUUAUCUGCAGACAGUCUAUCCAAGUGGUAUAGCUGGCCCACCUCCUGCCUCUCCCUUGUCCUAACCCUUUUUCCUCCCUUGACUCUGCUUUGUGUUUUUUUUUUUUCCUGGAAACCACUAAAUUGAAGAAAUUAAAAAAAAAACAAAGCAAAAAGACAAAAACACACACAAAAAGACAAAACCGUUCCUGUCCAUUGAGUAACCUGGGAUGGUAAAGCCCAAUGGCCUGAACAGAGCAGGUACCUUCAUCAGGAAUGACCUUUUUCUUCCCCGAUUAAAAAAAAUGCAUGCUUCUAAAGCUGUGAAGUAGAGUCCAGCCCCCUUCUUAGGAGCCCUUGAGCAUACUGGGAUUCAAUGAGACUUCCAGCCCUUUAGCUUGCUUGGUGUCUUCUGGGAUUUCAUGAGCUGUUGGCCAGUGCCCCAGGGUUCCCAGUGCUGGUUGAAGCAGUGAUAACCAGGAUGACCCUUUGGAUUUGUUCUCUUUUGCCUUUCCUUGAGACUGGAAGAUUUGACUGAGUUUCCUUUGGCUGGACUCUCCUGAACUUGGCUUUGGAGGGAUGGGAAGAGGGUGAGGUCCUGGGGGAAGAAGGGGUGCGUGAAGGUCCUUUGGGUGGAUUAAUUCACAUGCUAGCCACUCCUUGUUGUGCUUCUACUGCGGGGUUGGGGGUGGGAGGAUGGGAAGAGAAAUUCUGGGGUGACAUUAAGAGUGAGUAACGGGGAGAGAAAAGAAAUUAUAUUAGGCUAAGAACACGUGAAGUGAAUGCUAUUUCUUUGGGGUGUUUGUUACCAAGAUGGUAAGAGGGUGGGGGUUGGGGAGACAACAGACUUGGGCUGCCCUGAGUUUCAUUUGGUGGCCUAGUGGUGAAGGGGGCUUGAGGGAUGACUUUAAGUCGAUAGAGGAGGAGGUAUAAUAAAUGAAUGAAGCCAUUUGUAAAACACCAUCUUACCGGUGCAGCUGGAAUUGGAUGAAGCAUGAAAUGCUGCUUUACUGGAGAGCAGCCCUCCCUGCUCUCAUCUGCUUACAAGGCAACAUAUAUUUAUUGUCACAAAUUCCCAAAGAAACUUCUGGUUUGAAUGUGGUAUCAUUAGGCCCUGUGUGAGGCCCUGUUUCCCCUCUCUCUGUCUCUGUCUCUGUCUCUCUCUGUCUCUCUCAUGCAGAAGUCAACAAGAAUUUGUUAGUUGCCUAAAUGUGCAAAAAAGACAAAAGACAGUCCCUGUCCUCAAGGAGCUCACAGUCAAAGCCCUUUCUCUCUCUCUCUCUCGCUCUCUCUUUCUCUUAGGGCUAAGAAGGCAGAUGGAGACCAGGAUGGAGCCUGAUGGCUUUUGGGGUCCCGUUACCUAGAGAUAGUUCUUAGGUCAUAGACUUUAAAGUUAUUCUGCCAGGUCUAACUAUGUGUUUUAGAGGUAAAGGAGCUGAGUGGGUAAUCCGAUAGCUUGUGACAGUGUUAUAUAUAAAUAUAUAUAUAUAUAUAUAUAUAUAAAGUAUAUGUAUAUUUCUCUAUGUGUGUAUAUGUAUGUGUGUGUAUAUAUGUAUAUAUGAGCAAUGUGUGUAUGUAUGUGUGUAUAUGUAUAUAAAUAUAAAAUGUGCGUGUGUAUAAUUUUUUCUUUUUCCAAGCCACAUGUUUGAUGGGGAGAGAGAAGAGCUAGGAGAUCAUUAGAGAAAGGGUAGAAGCAGGAGCAGCAAUAAGGAACUACUGACAGGAGACUCCUAGUAUCCUAAUUCACACACUGAAGCCUGGAGAGUCACUGUAUUUAAAAACAAACAUAUUUAUGUAAAUGUAGAUAUCUCACUUUCCUGUUUUAUAUUGUAAAUAGUAAGGUUGAUUCUCCUGUGGUCCAAAAGGAAAAAAAAAGAAGUAAAAAAAAUUGGAAUAAAUAGUACAGGCUCACCUUAUAUACCAACAGAUAGCGUAUGAAUUCUGAGCUCUCCCAAAUUGGGAAAAUAUCAGUCAGGACUUAAAGACAGCAUAAAGAUCAAGGAUUUAGAGCCGGGAGGGAACUUUGAGGUUGAUUCCCUACCCCAUCCUCCACCCUUUUCCCUCAUUUUGCAGAGGAGGAAAUUUUGAGACCCAUGCCUAAGAAGUGACUUGACCAAGGUCAUAUGGGCUGGCGAUAGCAGAAUUCACAUUCAAGCCUAGGAUCUCUGGUUCCAGGUCACAGGAUUCUCUCCAUCUCACCAGGGAUCCUCAGGUGGGUGUUAUUUGUGAAUUAGGUUUAGGUUUUGCUUGACUUGUACUCAGUUCACUUGAUCUUCAGAUAGCUGCCAAUGGGUAUUUUUGCGGGGAAGGUGAGAGUACAGACAGUUACGCUAUUGUGACAAGUGAAGUUGAGUUUAAAGGCUUAAAAAAAAAGAAAACAACCCUCCUUCAUACUCCCCCAAAAUUAUUGAUAGAUUUAUUUUUUUAACUGGGGAGGAGGGGCUCCUUCUCUCAUCCUUCCAUUCCCCAUUCCCAUUGGAAUUGUCGGGCGACACAAGUUGGAGGGGUAAAGCUGUUCAUACCUUCAGUGACAAGACUGUCAAAUCCACGGCACAGUGCAUCCUUUAUUUAUGUCUCUUUAUGGGAAGGUCCCAAGGUGAAGGAAGAGGAUGAAACAAAAUCAAUUAUCACAUUUAGCUCAAUUUUAAAAAUAUUAAGAAAAAUGUAAUUUUUUUAAACACAGCAAAUCAAAAAUGUUUGCUGGUUUGCUUAUUUUAUGUGUGAGUGUAGUGUGUGCAUGUGUGUAUUAUGUAUGUGUGUUCAAAUUUAAGUGAAGUGGUUCUCUGCCUGUACCUAUUAUACCCACGUGCUCUUAUUUAUUGGACUUGUGUGACAGAGAUUUCUAGGAGAAAAAAUACACAUGCACACACAUAAUGUAUGUGUGAAGAUACAGGAAUAUUUUGUCAGUGUAGUCCUUUUUACCAAUGCAGAUCACAGGACUUAGGAAUUAAGUCUUAGUGCUUGAAGUAUACAGAAGUGAAAUGAUUUGUCCAGUGGGACAUAACUAGUGUGGGUCAGAGAUGGGAUUUGAACCCAAGUCUUCCAGACUUCAAGCCCAAUUCUCUGUUCACUAAUGCCUCUGGGUUAUAGAGCCCUACCUAGGGCAGGGUGACAGGGGCUUUGCCUAAGGAUGUGGAAUUUAGAAGCUGACAGCAUUUGCAGGUUUUCAAUAGUGGGAUUACAAAGGGCUUAGCACUUAGCAAGAAUAAUUUGUGUAAACCAGAAACUACCAGCUGGCAAGCUAUGUGUCCCAUCCCACACCAGCCCGGCACACACAAGGGACAGUGUCUAUUUGGGCUCUUUCCCUCUCCCUUUCUACUGAAUAUGCCUUUCCUACAUUGGUCCGUGUUGUAUUCCUUGCUCAAGAUGAAACAAUUCCUAGUUAGGGUUCUGCACACAUGUGAAUGGAGAAGGAAGUCUCCUCUCCAGAAACCCUACCAGCACUUCCCAGAACUAAGAACAUGUGUUCUUCCCUGUCUUUGGCCAAGUGGAAUGGGCCCAUAACUCCAGAAGAGAUUAGUCCAAAGGGUGUAUGUGUGUGUGUGUGUGUGUGUGUGAGAGAGAGAGAGAGAUUCUGUGACUGUGUGCAUGUGUAUAUGCCUGGUCUGUGUGUGUGUGUGUGUGUGUGUGUGUGUUUUCUCCUCUCCCCAUUCCUGAAACCAGGGAUGAUAAUGGGCAAGCAGUCUCACCAGAGGGGAGACUCCCCCAGUGUCAUUCCCCAGCCUCUAGCUUAGACUCAGUAGUCCUAUAGGGCUGCUUCCUUCCCUCUCCCUUUCCCUUCCUCUCCCUCUCCUGUCCUCUCCUCCCCUCUCUCUUCUCUGCCAAUUCUGCCCCCAUCUACCAUGAAAUAUGGCCUAAGGGCCUCUAUGGUAUAGAUUUCCUGAGUUUGGGAGGUGGGGAGAGGCUCAAGGGCCUCUCAAUCACUCUCUCCUCUCCCCUUGUAUAUUUGUGCCUUGAUCUCCCUCUCAGAUCACAAUUUUUAGAUAGGAAAGAGUCUGUACAUAUCAUCUAAGUGGAAGGAGGGCUAGAUUUUUUGGUUUGACCAGUAGUCCUGAUCAUGACCAUGGGCAACUGCUUGAUGAACUGUUUUCAGCCUCAGUUUCCUCAUCUGUAAAAUGAUAGUGUUAGACUAGAUGGUCUCUCAAGCCCCUUCUAGAAGGAACUUUUCUAGCACAGAGGCUAUCUUGGAUCUCACUCCAAUCCUUUCCCCUUCUCCCCACUCUCCCUGUCUCCUUGUGUCUGUUGGCAUCUUCCUCUUUCUCUCAAAACUGGAGCUCAACCUGAGAAGAGUGGCCAAGAUGUUUAAAGGUCUGGAAACCCGGUAGUCCAGCAGAAGGAGCUGAAGCUAGUUGUUGGGGGGGGGGGUUCCUUCUUAGAACCAAUCAGUCCCCCAACCUGGCCAGGGCACCAGCCCAGCCCCUUUGUCCUUGUCCCAAACCCAGGCCAACCCUCUCAGAGUAGGAACGUUAGCAUUCGCUUUGGACAAGAACAACCUUAUUGGGUAGGGUUGGAGGCAAGAGGGUCAGGACUGAGCGGCUACAAGCUUGGGAAAGGUGAACACUAACAAAGGAAGAAUUUGUGUAUUCUUUUUGAUGUCUUAUGAGAGCUUAAAUUAUUUUUCUCUACCUCAUGUGUGUAGCUUGUAGUUAUAAAUCUGAUUCUGAGUGACUGUGGAGAAUGUAUUUAAAUUAUUUAACACCUUUGUAUAACAAAAACCUGAGAACAAAAUGAAAACAAUAAAUAAAUAAAUAAAUGUAUUUUAAAUUA